AUGAGCGAAAGAAAUAAUGAAAAUAUAGAUUCUAGAAACUCAAGCCAAAUAGUAGAAACAGAUCCUGCAGAAAGCAAGAAUAAACACAUCCGUAGCGCUUUGAGAAAACGAAAGGGUAGAUUAACCGCCCAAGCUUAUGAAGAAGAUCAAGAAGCUAUUUUGUCAUCUCCUUUAUUAACCUCUACGCCCAAAACAGUCUCUAGAUCAUUAGUGAGGCUGUAUCCAUAUUUAAUCGUUGUGGAUAAUUUUUUGAGCGUCAUCACAUGGUCCAAUGAUAACAUAUUUGUAAACGUGUUUGGAAUAUUUACCUUUACUGUUUGUGUUUUGUACUUUGGAACCAUCACAAAGUAUUUUGGACAUUUAAUGAUUGUGGGUAUAAUAUGGGCAUAUCUAUUAAUAGACAAGCACGUCCAAGAAACAAUGGCAUCUUGCCCUUCAUUAGAUGAUAUAAUACAUGUAAUGGAUAGAGUUUCUAUGAAGUCUAGUGCUGUUUUAUCACCCAUUACUAUUUUAAGCGCUCAAGAUGUUAGGAGAUUGUUAUUUACUGUUGCAUUCCUAUCCCCAAUUUACAUUUUUCUUACAAUGUUUGUGCUACCUCCAAGUUAUUUGAUGCUGGCGGGGGGACUGUAUGUACUUACGUAUCACUCUAAACUGAUUAGAAGAAUGAGGAGAUAUAUGUGGAAGUUCCGCAUUGUUAGAUUACUUGUAUUCUUCGUAACAGGAUUAGACCUUGGGGGACCAGACAACAAUAGGCGCUUAUUUGCUUCUGUUAAUAAGAAAAUAAGGUCCUUUGUUUGGAAUGAAGUAGGUAAUACGUCUAGUACCAAAAAGACCGUUCUUUUCAAGGUCGCCCUUUUUGAAAACCAACGCCGUUGGCUUGGUAUUGGGUGGACGUCCACUAUGCUGAGCUAUGAGAGGGCAUCUUGGACAGAUGAAUUUCUGAAUUCUUCCCCUAGCCCUGAUAUGUUUACAUUACCAGAGAAACAGUCUGGAAUGGCAUGGGAAUGGCAUGAUAAAGAUUGGAUGCUCGAUUUAACAAAUGAUGGGGCAAUUCAGCUUCCUGCUUCUGCUACUAAAACUAAGUUUAAGCCUGGUGCAGAUGAAGGCUUUAUAUAUUGUGACAAUACCUGGAAUAACCCAUCAGCUACAGACACAUAUAAAAAGUACACAAGAAUACGGAGGUGGGUCAGGACAGCUACAGUGACCACCACGUAUGACAAUGAGCCCAAUGUGGAGAAAGUUUCGAUGAAUACCCUCGCUCCAAAAAGUGAGGAUAAUGAUAAAGGCAGGAAAAGAAAGGUUUCAUUCAGUGCGGCAAAUGAAGUGCAUAUUAUACCUUCCUCUAGUAACAGCAAAUUAAUAGAGAUGUCAGACAUUGCAAUGGACGGUUCUCUAUAA